AUGACGCGCGCGGGGAUCUUCUUCUCGAACAGCGAAGACGUCGGCGACGGCGGGGCUUGUGCAGCCCGCCAGUCCUGCAAUUGGGCACAGCUCUCUGAGUCUUCGCAGAGCAAGCUGCACGGUUUGAGUACGGGGGUGUCGCCUGACAACGGGAAACGGGGUGAUAGAGAGACAGCUGGGGGUGCUGCUGCAGACAUGGCCCAGUGCCACGCCUGCGAGCAGCCCCAGCGACAAGCCUAG